GGCACCCCAGAGUGUGCUGGGAAUGCAGAUCUUAGCUAUGCAGCACCCAGGGCAUGCUGGGGGCACAGCCCUUAGCACCAGUGUGCUCCAAGGCAUGCUUGGAGUGAGGUGCCACAGGGCAUGCUGAGAGUGCAGCCCUUAGCAAUAAGGUUCCUAGGGCAUGCUAGGUGGUCUAGGGUGGUCUACCUUUGUACCCCAGAGGCCCCCACUCCAUCCUAGUUACUCCUGGCCCCACCCAGUUACCUGUGCCCCAUUCCCAAUGCCCCAGGCCUACCCUACCUGCCCCACCAUCCCAGUUACCACAGGAAAGGGGCAGCUGGUCAGGUUGAGGCCAUUUUACGGCCUCCGCAAUGCUGGUGAAAGUCGGCAGCAGUGAAAGUCAUGCCAGGACUUCCCCUGAGACUUCCCCUGCCUGCCUCCCCCAUGGGGGGGGACCCCAAGACGCUGGGUGGGGGGAGGGGCAGUGACAUCACAGCAGGGGGUGGCACCCCCCUCUCUCUCCCUCCCCCAAAACCCUUAUAACAAGGGGAUGAGUGCCGGCUUGGAGACGGACACCACCCCAGAGAUGAGACUCCUGGGACACCCCCUGCUGGCGCCAGGCCCCGUUGGACCCCCACUCUCCCCCUACUGACAGCACCCCCCAGAGCAGCCCUCCUGCGCCCCGUGGCCCUACCCAAGACCGCCCCUCUGUACUCCACGGGCCCCACCGCAAGCCACGGCUCCUAGCUACGAGCUCCUUGUGCCCCCCCCACCUGACCACGCAGCAGCCUGGGGUGCUGGUCAUGAGGACACGCCAAACUCUGGCACAUGGGGGCAGCAGCGUGGAGUGUCCUAUGAGAGACCCCCCUGCCCAGGAUGGGCCCCCCCCAAGUCCUCCCACUCCGGACCCCAGCCCUGCUGAGAGGGUCCCCCCACGCUGCAACCCUGCCUGGUUCCAUGUAGGCAUGACCCAGUGGGUACGACAGAGGGAGUAUGUCCAGAAACUGGAGCAGCAGUUGGUCCGGGAGCGGCAGCGCCUGGCACUCAUGCAGACCCAACUGGUUGGAGCUGACCCUGCCCUGGAUGUGGUUGCCUUGGGGAAGGUCCAGGCCAGCACCCCCCUCCCCCACACUGGCUGGCUCCGCCCAGGCCCCUCCCCUGCUGCCGGCCCAAAAGACACCCUCGAGACACCCCUGUGGGGGCACCACAGCCUUAGCUUCUACCCAGAGCUGGGGCCCAGCCUGGAAUACUACCGGGUCAGCACUGCUCGGCCCCCCUUCACCUAUGCUGCUCUCAUCCGAUGGGCCAUCAUGGAGUCACCCGAGCGGCAGCUGACAUUGAAUGAGAUUUACCACUGGUUCAGCCGGAGCUUUGGUUACUUCCGCCACAACACGGCCACCUGGAAGAAUGCCGUGCGACACAACCUGAGCCUGCACAAGUGCUUCGUGCGGGUGGAAAACGUGAAAGGCGCUGUGUGGACGGUUGAUGAAGGUGAAUUCCAGAGGAGGAGGAGCCAGCGCUUCCCCCGGGACCCGGACCUGAGGGGGCUUCUGCCCCCCCUGCCCUAUGCCCCAGCUGAAGGGGCCUGGCGCCCAGCCCCCCUCAGCUGAGGGGGCUGAAGGUGGGGCCUCCCAGAAGGGGGAGGAAACAAGGGUUGUAAUCCCUACCCGGCUGAAGCCAGUGGUCCCACCCUCCUCCCACCUGUUCCCCACCCCCAGCAUCAUUCUCCACCCUUCAAUCCAGGAGCCCUCCAACGGGGGUCAGAGCCAAGCCAAUGAGCCAAUACAAAACAGAGUGGCUUGCAUGAGGGGAGCAUAUGAAGAUGAGGGCCUUGCACCCUGACCAUGUGCAGCUGACACCAUUCCACAGCUGUGGCUGCCUCAUAGGAUGGGGCCUUGCAUGAGGACAGCAUGGCAACGACCGCUCAUGGGGAUGGGGUGGGCCACAGGCUGGGCCCUUGUGUGCUGCAUCCUGGGGGGCCUGGGAGGGGGACACUGGGGGGUGCAAUUAGGGGAGAGAGGCAAAACUGCUGGACCCAGGGCAAUAAAGUGCUGGCAACCUUUA